AUGUUCUUGCGCCUCAGGUCUCCGGUUGUCGAUUGGUCGGCGGACGAAGACGAUGAACAGCUCGUCGGCGAGCCAUCCGUACGACUAUGGAGACGCCGAGUACUGGGAUGCGAGGUAUUGGGAACAGGGGGGCUCCUCCUUCGACUGGUACCAGCGAUUCUCCGCCCUCCGACCAAUUAUCAAUAAACUCAUCCCGAGCUCCUCUAAAAUUCUCAUGGUCGGCUGCGGAAAUGCGCGUAUUUCGGAGGAUAUGGUCAAGGAUGGGUAUGUCGACUUAAUGAACAUUGACAUUUCAUCAAUAGUGAUUGAACUGAUGAGAAAGAAAUGUAUGCACAUUCCUCAGUUGAAGUAUAUGCAAAUGGAUGUAAGGGAUAUGGGCUUUUUCAAUGAUGAAACAUUUGAUUCUGUGAUUGACAAAGGGACUUUGGAUUCUUUGAUGUGUGGCUUUGAUGCUCCGUUCAGUGCUUUUCAGAUGAUAGAAGAAGUUAACAGGGUUCUUAAACCCGGUGGGAUUUAUAUGUUGAUAACUUACGGUGAUCCAUCUGUGAGAAUUCCUCAUUUGAAUCAACCUGGAUGCUGUUGGAAAAUUACGUUGUACAUAAUACCUUUAUCGUAA